GGCGGGAAGUUUGCGAUAAGCUGGCUUUCUCGUUUCUCAACAACCGCGAAGCUCCUGAGUCACUACAGCACGGAUUUACUUAUUUCAUAGUGCCUAUCGUAUAAACAAUUAAUUACUAGACACAUCCUUCGUCUAUCACAAUUUCACAAACUUCAUACCAGCGUGAACAUCUUCCCAAGUUAAGCCGAGUUUCUCCAAAGUCCAGCGCCGAAUCCCGCACCUCCAUCCACCAUGUCCAAGACAUUUACAGCGAAAGAUGUUGCCGAACACAAGGACGAGAAGAACGGCAUGUACAUAAUCGUAGAUAGCGGCGUCUAUGAUAUCACAAAUUUCCUCGACGAGCACCCGGGAGGAGCAAAGAUCCUCAAGCGCAUGGCUGGCAAAAACGCGACGAAGCAAUUCUGGAAGUACCACGGCAAGAACGUUCUAGACAAGUACGGCGGUAAGCUGAAGGUUGGGGAGUUGACCGAGACGGCGAAGUUAUGAGAGAGUGGGGAGGGGGGAGGUGUAUGGCAGACGUUUUAAUGCUAGGGGAAUUCCUCAUACCGCAAGAUUAGCGAGGUCGUGAUCGCAUACGUCGUUGUGGUGUUUGGCUUGCAUAUGCAGAUUUAAGAGUUGUCAAUUUACUAUGGGGUUUGAAGUAAUCUUGAGCGCCAUUGCGAGAACCUCCUUAAGCCUUAUAAAGGGUAUACAUACAUGGGUACCAGUUAUAUCAUGUCCGCAAACCUGUUGCCUGCAAUAAUACUCUUUCCUCUGAAUCCAACUCCUAUUCUGAAGCGCUAUAGGCCUCCAAUUUUUAUAUUAAAUAGGAAUCCAGGUGCUAAUA